GCAGAAGUAACUCCUGAACUGUCACACUUGAGAGAAACUCCUCAGAUAGGUGGCUGUGUGUGUGAGAAGAAGAAAUUGUCUCUUCGUCGUAGAUUAUUAACAUAUUUAUUUCAUAUCAUGAAGAAACUCUCCCCCGACGCCUUGUUGCUGUCUUUUGCACAUUUGUGUUUCCUCUCUAGUUUUCUGGACGGCUCUCGCGCUCAGGAGACUGCAGGUGAUGAUGAUGGGCUCCGGCGGGGGUUGACAUGGCAACAUAACGGGCAGGUUUUCAGCAUCCUGAGCCGCGGCUCCCAUUACCGGCAGUCCAGCAGGAGGCAAUCCGGGUCAUCCCACCGCGGUGACCCUGUGGUCGUCCUCAGCAGAGGUAACGACACUCUCCCCGCCGCGUCCCGUGGCUCCCCGCGGGUCCCCGCCGCCAGCAGCGCUGCGCAAUUGCGCGCGAUGACGCGCCAGCAACAGCAGCCACAGCAGCCAGCCGCCGGCGGCGGAGAGUCUGCUCCGGCCAGACGGGAGGACAUGAUGGUCGGAGACGAUCCGUACAACCCGUACAAGGCCUCUAACUAUAACCCCUAUUAUAACUACUACAACUCAUACUAUAGACCCAGACCCAGGACUCAGCCGAGGCACGGAUACGGUACCAGUUAUCACCAGAACGGCCUCCCUGAUCUGGUGCCUGAUCCAUACUACAUCCAGAUCGCCACUUACGUCCAGAGGAUGCCCAUGUACAGCCUCCGCUGUGCUGCCGAGGAGAACUGCCUCGCCUCUUCAUCCAGGUACUCUCAGGAUUAUGACACCAGAGUCUUGUUGAGGUUUCCUCAGAGGGUGAAGAAUCAGGGAACAUCUGAUUUCCUGCCCAGUAAACCUCGAUAUGCCUGGGAGUGGCAUAGCUGUCAUAAUCACUUCCACAGCAUGGACGAGUUCAGCCUGUACGAGCUGCUGGACACCCACACUCAGAGGCAGGUAGCUGAGGGUCACAAGGCAAGCUUCUGUCUGGAGGACACUUCCUGUGACCCGGGAUACUACCGCCGCUUUGCAUGCACCUCACACACUCAGGGUUUGAGUCCAGGUUGUUAUGACACGUACAACGCCGACAUUGACUGUCAGUGGAUUGACAUCACUGACGUUUCUCCUGGAAGAUACAUCCUCAAGGUGACAGUAAAUCCCAGGCAGCAGGUUCCAGAGUCCAACUUUAACAACAACGUGGUUCGUUGUGACGUCCAGUACACCGGCACCGCGGCCCACGUCUCUGGAUGCACCAUGACAUCUCACUGAGAUGCAUCUGCAGUAUGAAUUUGAAAAGAAGAAUGAAGCUUUAAGUUAGAUGUGACUGAUGUAAUUCAAUCAUAGCCAGAUAAAAUAAAAAUAAAAAAAAUAUUAAAGCUGCCAUAAAACAAUUGAAA